AUGGGAGAUAUUUAAGGUGAGAGUGGGCAAAACCUAAUUUAAUCUGAAUCGAUAGGGUUCUUUGAGAAAGUGAAACAAAUUAUUUUUCAAGUUCUUUUUGUUUUAAGGAAGGACGAAGAAUCGGAAGAGUCUUAAUUAUCAUUUUAUAUAUAAACUGGGUUGGAUUACUUUUAGAUGCAUACUUUUCCAUUCAACAAUAAUGUUUACUAUUUAUGGAAGGCAGACAAUGUGAUUGGAUUUGUCUUAAAUUUCGUUAAUCUCUUUUAAUUAAGUACUUACAUACCUAAUAUCUCUUACUUCGCUCUUCUAUCAUCUGUAUACAUUUUGCUUGUAAUUAUAUUGCUUAUCAUAUUGGAUAUCAUUUAUGUAAGUUAUUCAUUUUCAAAAAAUUAAUUUGCUGCCACAUGGCCUUUGGUCGUAUUGAGAUCAGUCACAUCACUUGUGGUUACUGUGUUGUUUUUGCCGAUUACCGAAACUUUAUUUUCCAUAUUAUAAUGUUAAACCGAUCAAACUACUGGGGAAUAUAUAAUAUCUGGUUAUAGUGAGAUUUAUGUGGUUUGUUGGUAAGGAUGGCACACAUUUCACGCAUUGUUAACAUUGCUGUUUAUGUUCAUGUUUGUAGCAAUUUGUGCUAUAGUGGCCUAUGCAUUUUUUGAGCCAGGAAUGAUGAGUGAUGAUAGAACAGCAAGACAGGAUAGUAAAGGGGAAGUGACAUUCAUUAUUAACAAGGUGACAUGUUAAGUGUUGUAUUGUUUUUUGGGAGAGAAUCAAUCAUGGAUCUUGGUGUUGGCAACAUUUCUUAUGGCUGUAUGGUUAUUUUGGGAAUAUAAUUUCGAUGAUCCUUACUAUGACUUUGAAGUGGGAAGAUUCUAUUCAAUAAUUUCUAGUUAUUAUUUAUGGGCUAACAUUUUGUUGUUGAUAUGCAAGAUAUUUGAGAAUCAGGAUUUCAAUGGAGGAUUUAUUGCUUGGAUAAUAGGAUUGCCAUUCAUAGUUUCAAUUAUGUUGAUGACAAAAAAGUCUAAGAUUGACACGUUGAUUAAGGUAUAGAAGAAGAUCAGAAGUGGCAAGGAGAUCUGGGCUCAUAUUCGGUAUGUUUUGUAGCUUAUUCAAUAACAAGAAAAGGACAGGAAUUCUUAUAUGCUUUUGAUUGGGUACAUAGAGAAGCACAAAGAAACUUGUAAAUAUAAUGAUUGCUAUUUUAAAUUCAGUAGAAGAAGGAAUACUGAAUUGGAUAUGAAUGAUAUGAUCAGAGGAUUAAUUUAGGAACUUGAAAAGAUGUUCAAGGAUGGCAUUAAGAAAUUUCCUAAAAGUGCUGAACUCAAGAUCUUUUAUGCUUUAUUUAUUAUGGAGAGAAAGAAAAAUAAGGAAGGAGCGUAUAAAUAAUUUGAACUUAUUGAUGAUAAAUGUAAGCCUGCAUUGUAUCAAUAAUUCAUAAAAUACAGAUAUAUGAAAAGUAUCAAGGAGAAUAAGAAGGAAAACAAAGAUGACGAUAUUGUGGAGGCUAUCAAAUAUAACAAUCAUUAAACAAUGUGUGAAAAGAGUAUGCAGCAAUCAGCAAAAUUGCAAAAGGACUUUUGGGGAGAAUUAAAGGAGGAUCAACCUGAUUUAGGUAAGUUGAUGAAGUUGGGUGCUGAUAUUACCUAUGUUACUAAAACAGCUAGACAGAAUUAUGAGGAAAUGCAAAAGAUAUCCUAAAAUGUAUAUUAGAGUGUUAAAAUAUACAGCAAUUUUAUUUUGUAUGUGUUAAAUGAUUAGAAAUUGGGAGGAGAAUUAAGGAAGAUAGCCUAGAAUAUCAAAGAAGAAUUUUAAAAAGAAUAUGGGGGAAGAAAUGAAUUUUUGAAUAUUGAUAAUUAACCUAUUCCAUUUAUUUAAGUGAGUGCCAAAAAGGCAGAAGUAGGUAAGAUAGUAAAUGUUAACACCUUAUUUACAACAUUUUUUGGGUAUUAAAAAGAAGAAUUGAUAAAUAAAUCAAUUAAUGUUUUGAUGCCUAAAUUAUAUGCAGAAAAACAUGACAAUUAUCUAAUUGAAUUUUUUGAUAAUAUUGUAUUGAAUCUAAAAUUGGAAGGAGAAAUUGAUAGUUAAUAUUUGGACACUGAUUAAACCCAAAUAUUUAAACAUAAAAAUGGAUAUAUAGUUCCAUUUAUAUAUCAUGUUACUCUUAAUCUGGAGACCAUGAAAUAUUUGACAACAUUUAAAAGUGAAAAUACCAUCAAAAGUUAAGUCAUUUUUAUAGUGGAUAACACAUCUAAAAUAAUGGAAAUGUCAUCUGGAGCAAUAAUCUUUUUUGAUUUGGAAUUAAAGUAGAUAGAAAAAGAUGUUUAUCUCAACAAUUUUAUCCCCAAUGUUCUAUUAUAAAAUGAGAAACAUAUCUAAUAUAAUCAUCAAAGCAAAGAUGGAACAUACUUUUUUUCAUGCCUGAUUAAAGAGAUUAAGCUGCCAUAGAGGAUGGAUGAAAGUACUCAUGGUAAAUCGAACUAAAAAGACGAAACUAAUAAUAUAAAAACUGGGAAAUGGUUGGUUAGAUUAGAGAAGUUAGAAAAGAAUGAAGUCAAUCUAGGUGGUCAAUAGAAGAAAAAUAAGAAUUUUGCAGUUAGUACUCGAUAACUUAUAACAACAACAAAUACCAAUAGCAAUCCAACUUCAUAACAAUAUCUCUAAACUAAGAUCUAGGUUAAUCAAUCAAUUGAUGGACAGAUACCUAAAUUUGACACUAAUUUAGAGUUUGAUCAAUAAUAUGCAGUUUUUUUAUCGGAACUGUAUUCAGAACCUAGAUAUGACGACUAUAAGAUGCUGUUAAAUUAAUAAGUGGAAAGUGAAGUAAAUCCAGUUGUUGACUAUUCUAGUGACAUAGUCAUAAGAAGAUUAAUACGCAAUCAAAUAUUAAAUAUAGACGAGGAAAAGGAGUAGGAGUUCUUACUAUAGUUGGAAGAGGAGGAAGAAGAAAACUCGAUAUUCAGAUUCAAUUAAAAUUAAUUUGAAGAUGAAGAUGAUUAUAAGAUAUUCGCUCAUAGAAACUCUUAAGAUCUUAUUAGGAGAGUUUUAAAUUAAGAUCACAAGCAUAUGAAAAUUACAGAGUUCAAAGUGUAUUCAAAUCUUUGGAUAUUCUUCAUCUUCUUCAUAACAAUUCUUCAAUAUUUAUUCUGUCAAUCGUACUUCGUCUCUUACAAAGAGAGUAUUAAGUCAAUCUAUUUAGUGAAUAAUGAAAUUAUAUUCCAAAAUUAAGUAAUCUCAAGAGUUUUAGAUCUAUGUUUACCUUAACAAUUUAAUAUAACUCAGUUGUAUCUAGAGCUUUAGUAUGCUGCCAAUAAUGCAACUGCUUUCAAUCAAUACGUAAAUUCUGCAUUAUUAGAUUACUAUUUUGACGAUCACUAUAUUAAUUUAAGAUUUUUUGAUGAUGAUUAAUACAGUGAGAUUAAUAUAAAAUUGGAAAGUGCAUUGUUGCUAAUUGAAACCUUGGCAUUAAAUACUACACUUUUGAAUAAUCAAACAUUCAAUUACAAAAGCAAUAUAAUCUAAAAUAUAGUUUAUAAUCAUUUCAAUGUUGUUCAUCAAUAGAUUAUUAAUAUUGCCUAUGAGUUGUACUCAAAUGUUGAAAGCUAAAUGAAUUAAUAUGAUGUGAAUCUAUUAAUUACUUUGGGAAUAUUGAUCUUAGUCACCACCCUAGCAAUGACAAAAUUCAUUACUUUGAUGUUGAGUAUCAAAAUGGACAGAGAGAACAUCUUGUUCUUAUUUUUAGAUAUCCCCUAAAAGCAUAUAACCAUACUCUAUAAGAAGGUUGAAUAUUUUAUUAAAAAUUAUAUUGGCAUAGAGGAAUUAAAAAGAAAAAAUGAAUUAGAAGGUUAUGAUUCAAGUGAAGAAGAGUAGAUGUAGGAGGAUUAGAUUAAGAUUUAAAAGAACCCAGAAGAGGAGGAGAAUUUCAUUUAAUUACAAUUGAAACGAAAGAAAAUUAUUGAGAAAUACAGAAAAAAUAAGUUUAAAGGCAAUCAAGCAAUUAUCAUUCAAUUUAUAUUCAUUGCUUUGUGUACAUUGAUAUUUGCUGUUUACAACAUCAUUAGUUCGGCUAGUGAAAGAAAUCAAAUUAGAUAUUUGCUUCCUUAAUACUUUUCAGGUUCAAUGGAUAUUUCUGAAUAUGGAAAUUAUCUCAAUAUUUUUAAAUUAGCAAUUUUAGACAAUUAAUUUAAUCUCAUUAAUUAAACCUCUUAUGAGUCAGCUUUCGCAUAAAUUGAAACCUUUACUGGCAAUCAAUUAAGUUCUUUAAGCUUUGCAUCCGCUCUGUUGAAUCAAUUACCAACAUUAAGAAACAUGUACUUUGGAAUUUACUAUGGAGAUAUUUGUAAUGAAUUAGGCUUAACCAAAAGUGAUAUUUGCUAUUCAAUUAUUGAAGGGAAUCUUGAAUUAGGGAUUUACAAUGUCGAACAAUAUUAUUUAUAAUACUUUAGAAAUCAGUUAUCCAUUAACUAAAAAGGAUAGAUUAUAGAUUAGUCAAUGUAUAAUUAUGUAAGGACAGCUGUGGAUUAAGUGUAGAGCUAUUAAUUAUCAAUGAUGACAAAUUAGAUGGAUGAAACUUUAAAUAUUCAACUUAUACUUGUAAUCAUUUUCAUAUUGGUAUUACUAUUAAUUUUUAUAAUCUAUUGGUUACCCUUUCUAACUAGUAUUAAUUCAUAAAUCAAUCAAAAUAUACAGAUGUUAAAUAUGAUACCAAUAGAUGUUAUCAAGGAUAAUAAGACAAUUAGAAGAUUCUUGAAAAAUAUAAUUAAAGAUAUGAAUAUUUAAGAUUGA